AGUAUUUGUAGAAGGUCGCUAAAUAGCCAUAGUAAAAAGUCAAUUUUUCUUCUUCUGGUUUUAUAAAAUUGACAUAAUAAAAUUUGAAGACAUUUGACCGUGCAUUCGUGCAAUUUCCGGUAAAGAUAAACCAUUUGAUGAUUUAAUUAAUAAAGGUAAAUUACAAAGUGAGUACCAAAUUUUAAGCAUCUUUAGUCGAUACAAUGGCUCUUGGAUCGAAAAAGCGUAUUAUGGUAGAAACAAAAAAUUUAUCGAAAGACCCUCCUCCCGGUAUUAGUGCAACACCUGAUGAAUCAAACUGCAGAUACUUUCAUGUAGUCAUGGCAGGCCCUUCUGGAUCCCCUUACGAAGGUGGGUUAUUUAAGUUGGAAUUAUUUUUACCGGAGAACUAUCCAAUGUCCCCUCCAAAUGUGAGGUUUCUGACAAAAAUAUAUCACCCUAAUAUAGAUAAGCUAGGAAGAAUAUGUUUAGAUAUUUUAAAGGACCAGUGGUCGCCAGCUCUUCAAGUUAGAACAGUUCUCUUAUCUGUUCAAGCAUUACUAAGCAGCCCGAAUCCUGAUGAUCCUCUUGCAAACGAUGUUGCUAAUAUGUGGAAAAGUAGAGAACAGGAUGCAGUGCUCAAAGCGAAGGAAUGGACAAGACUGUAUGCUAUGGAAUAAUCUCCAAUAAUGUCACAAGACUGACUGUGAUACUAUGUAUUAACAUGUUAAAUGUUAUAAUAAUAUAUUUUGUUUUAAUGUGAUGUUUCUUCAUAUUGACUAUAAAUAAGUAGUGUUUUUUAAAAAAAUUUGUAUCAUUUAGUGACUUGAAAGUUGUUUUGGGUGGAGGAGACUAACAGAUAUUCUUAUUUACAUCAUAUUAAGUAAGUAAACCUCUGUAACUCGUUUCAUAUUUCAGAAGACUGUAGAAUUUAAAAUUUGUUAACACAUUCACUGCCACUGUCGCCAAAAGGCAUAGUCAGGUGCCACUGAACACCUUUUGGUGUUCAUAAAUUCAUAACCUGUGGAAUUAAAUAGAGUUCUUUUCGUAUUGGCUCCAUAUAAAAGUAACUGAAUAUAAGUGGCAACAAAUGUGUUAAUAGGUAUUUCUUUUGUAUGUUUACUUAAAAAUUUGCUUAAUAUGAUAAAUAAUUAUUUAUACUAGAUUCAUUAUGCAAACUGGACCCAAAAUAACUAAACAUUAAACUAUCUUUCUUACAGA